AUGGAUUCACCCACAGCUCCUGCCCACAGAGGGUGCAUCCCCUGGCAGGGGCUACUGCUUGCUGUCUCACUCUUAAACUUCUGGAGCCCGGCUACCGCUGCCCAACCCAGGGUUGAAUCAGUGCCGCCCAAUGUUGCCGAAGGGAAGGAUGUGCUUCUCCGAGUCCACAAUCUGCCUGGGAAUAUUGGAGCCCAUCGCUGGUACAAAGGGGAAAAUGUGGACAAGAACCGUGAAAUUAUAUCAUAUUUAACAAACAGUCAAAAUAUUUCCUACGGACCUUUAUACAGCAGUCGAGAGAUAAUAUACCCCAAUGGAUCCCUGCUGUUCCAAAAGGUCGCCCUGAACUACACAGGAAACUACACCCUACAAGCCACAGACAAAAGUUUUCAGCAUAUACAAGUAACUGGACAGUUCCGUGUAUACCCGGUAUUACCCAAACCCCACAUCACAAGCAACAACUCCAACCCCGAGGAGCACAAGGACCCUGUCCUGUUAACGUGUGAACCUCAGACUCAGGACAACACCUACCUGUGGUUCAUCAACAGUCAGAGUCUCCCGGACAGCACCAGGCUGCAGCUGUCCAAGGACAACAGGACUCUCACUUUACUCCGUGUCACAAGGAAUGACACAGGGCCCUAUGAGUGUGAAACCCAGAACCCAGUGAGUGUCGGCCGCAGUGACCCAUUCACCCUGAAUGUUCUCUAUGGCCCGGACGACCCCACCAUUUCCCCGCCAGACUCCCAUUACCCAACAGGGGCAAACCUCAGCCUCUCCUGCCAAGCGGCCUCUAACCCGCCUGCACACUAUUCUUGGUUUAUCAAUGGGAAGCCCCAGCCACCCACACAAGAGCUCUUUGUCCCCAACAUCACUGUGAAUGAUAGUGGAUCCUAUACCUGCCUGGCCCGUAACAAUGUCACUGGCCUCAAUAGGACCACAGUCAAGACUAUCACAGUCUCUGAUGAUCCAACACCACAAAGUCCUGGCCUCUCAGAUGGAGCUAUCGCUGGCAUCGUGAUUGGAGUCCUGGCCGGCGUGGCUCUGAUAGCAGCCCUGGUGUACUUUCUAUACAUCAGAAGGACUGGAGGGGCAAGUGACCAGCGCGAUCUCACAGAGCACAAACCCUCAGCCUCCAACCACAGUCAGGGCCACUCUGACAACUCACCUAACAAGGUCCCUGAAGUUACAUAUUCUUCCCUGAACUUCAAUGGCCAGGAAUCAAAGAAACCAACCUCAGCCUCUCUGUCCCCAACAGCCACAGAAACGGUUUAUUCAGAACUAAAAAAGAAGUAAUGCAACUCUGCUCACUGCACUGCUGACUGAUGCCAAGCUUCUCAUCUCAUUUCCAUCACUAGGAGACCCCUUUGCCCUCAGGGAAAAGGAGAAGAACCCUCUUCCUCCUCCCCCUUCCCUUCACUCCCUCCUGAGGCACCUCCAGGCUCCUGGUCACAGCCCCGCCCUUCAGUGUCAACUGAUGAAAAGGUACAUCCAGGAGUCUGCAGGAAGCCCAAACUUCCUUGUCAUUGAAAUCUGGCAAAGCUGACCUUGUGAGAGAGUUGCCAGAACCUCCAGCCCCUCCCCAUUCCCUGACCUGGAUUUGUUCUAAACUUACCUGUUCAGCGCACCCUCCAUCCUCCCCACCCCAGCCGUGUCCCAUUGGCAUCUCGCUUGAAUUUGCCAUAAUCUUGAGAGCUACCUCCUCAUCCACAGCAAUGCGUGUGCCAGAGAAGAAAGAGAAACAGGAAGCUUCUCCUGUCUCUCCAAAGCCCAGUGUGAACAGGCCACACAGGAAAACAAAUAUAUAACCAAGUCUCAACAGGGAAAUUCUACACCUUUGCCCAUUGUCAGGGUGUCUAAAAACAUCUUGCUGCUUGGCUAGAAUACCACCUAAGCCCACUGGCAAACCUGUCUUCAGAGAACCCACUAGAAGCAACUAGGAAAACUAUAGGUGAUUCCCAAUGGGAAAUGAACAUAUGUUUUAAUAACUUUGUGGGCUUUUAUUCAAGGAAAUGCUUACAGAGGGAGGGAAUUACAGCUUUAGGGACACUUAGCUCCCAAUAAGAAACAAUCUGCUGGGAAUUUCAGAAAGGAAACAGAGAGUUACCAUUCAGAGAUUAUUUAAAUAAUUAUUAAAGAAUGCACAAUUUGGGGUAUUGGUUUUUUUCCUGUUUCUCUGAGACAUUUCACCAUUUUAAUUUUUGUAACUCAUAUGUGUGAAAGGGGUUAUUUUUACUUGGCUUUGCUCUGUAAGCUGAUCUGAGGGCUUCAGGGGAAAGAAGCCACCAAAACCCCAGAAGUCCCCUUGGCCAGGAGCUCCUUCACAGCUUUUAUGUCAGGGGCUCCAGAUGGGAAAGAAGAACCAGUUUCCCUCAUUCUCAGUAGAUCUAAGUCAGUGUCCAGGCAUCUCAGGCUCAUUGUCAACCACCUUUCAAUUACAUGUUUCUGCCUGUACACGAUCUGUCCGUUUGCCCCACUCACUGUCUCAGGAAACCUGGGCCUCUGCUAAGGUGUAUUUGGUCCUUGAAGUGAAGGGAACACUGUCACUCAUGCUGUUGCCAUGGUUUACAAGCCAGAAGGCUGCACUGGUGCUGAUGCUCCUUAGGACACAGAGGAGGAGCAUAACUGGGCCCCAGGCUUCUUGAACAGCCUCUGAAAUUUUUCUCCCAUGGGGUUUAUGAGUCCAACAUGUCAGAAUAAAGGAAGGGCAGGGGGAGGAGAGGCAAACUACUAUCCACCCAGCCUUCCACACACAUGACUCUCUUUGGGGCUGUUGAAAGAAUCUAUUCAAUAUUGAUUACUCAACCUCAUGCUGUGUCUAACAGGCCCCUCAGAGAGGGUAGUUGGGAGUUCUCUGUACUCAGGUACCUCUUUCAAGGUUUUCUAACCCCAACACAGACUGUAUAUACUUCCCCUCAUUUGUGCUAUUCUGUGUUAUUUAAUUUUGCCUGGCUAAGUCCACUUCUGAAUUAUUUGUAAAAUUUGCUCUGUAUUUAUAAUAAAAAUUAUUCAUCAGAUCUCAA